AUGUUGCUACCAAUUCUAAUUAUUUCUUUAUCUCUUUUUCAGCCUUCUGUAUCAGCUGAUUAUCAUUCUAGUUCUAUUCCUGAAAAUUUCAUCCGCUGCCUUUCACAUGAAUUCAGAUCAAACGCUUCCAUCCUAAAUCCCCUGUUGCAUUUUCCAGGCAUUAAUUCAUCAUACGAAUCAAUUUGGUCAUCUGGGAUUGAAAAUCUCAGGUUCCUGGAAAUUUCUAGCAGUAACAGAAAGAAGAAGAAGCCCCUGGCCAUAAUCACACCUGAAAGCUAUUCCCAAGUGCAAACCACUGUCAAAUGUUGCAGGAACAGUGGACUUCGGAUCAUUAUCCGAAGCGGCGGGCACGAUUUCGAAGGAUCGUCACACGCUUCUUCGUCGUCCAUGUUUUCGCCUCCGUCUGUAAUGGUGGAUCUGAGGAAGCAUCUCAGGAGCUUGGAACACGGAGCCAUUGAUUUAAUCCACAAAUGGCAAGAAGUUGCACACAAAGCCCACGAAGAUUUGCUCCUCAGUGUAGUACUAUCAUCAGCAGGAGGGUCAACUGUUGCUCAAACAACAGCAACAUUUAGGUCACUUUUCCUUGGAAGAUCUGAUGAUCUUGUCAAGAUGAUGGAAGAAAUCUUCCCCGAAAUCGGGUUGAGGAAACAAGAUUGUGAGGAGAUGAGUUGGAUUGAAUCAGUUAUGCGCUUUUCAUUGUAUCCAAAAGGGGUAACCUCAGAUGCCUUGAAGAAUAGAGUUGCCCCUUUUCCUCCUCCUUAUUUCAAGGGCAAGGUAGAUUUGGUAUACAAACCUAUACCUUACGAAACAUUGGAUGAAUUGUGGAAAAGAUGUUCAUCAAAAGAUUAUGAUCGUAUUAAUAAUACAACUACCACCACUCCCCCUAUCAUACAAAUUGAUUUCUAUCCUUAUGGAGGAAAGAUGAAUGAGAUUUCGAAAUCGGAAACUCCAUUUCCGCACAGGAAAGGUGUUCUGUAUGAGAUAUUGUACAUCGUGGCGUGGUUGGAUCAAGAUGAAAAUAAUGCUAAUGCUGAAUCCUACAUGAAUUGGCUGAGAGGAUUGUAUGAUUUCAUGACUCCGUUUGUGUCAAAAGGGCCAAGAGGUGCUAUUGUGAAUGCUAGGGAUUUCGAUUUAGGCACUAAUGAUGGUGAUGGACAUAUUGCUUGUGGUAGCUGGACUACUACUUCUCCUUACUCAAAAGCUUAUAGGACAUGGGGAUCUAGGUAUUUUGGAGAUAAUUUCAGGAGGCUGGCAACAGUUAAACGUGAAGUUGAUCCUGAAAAUUUCUUCUUUUCAGAGCAAAGUAUCCCGCCUCUUUUUCUUCAUCCACAAAUGAGAGAAAUGGAGCUUUGA